UGGAGGCGUGGCUUUAUGACAGGCGCUCAGAUCGCCGCGCUGCUCGCCGCGCUGCAGGACAUGAUCAUGGGAAGCACUCUGGCCAAAUGCGCCCUCACCGACCUGGGGAUCCAGUGGGCCGGCUGGGCUCUGGCUGCAGCUUUCAGAACCGAGAAGUUUUACGAUUUGGCAGGCUCUGGCACAUUUAUACUACUGGCACACCUGAGUCGGAUCUGGGGAGGAGCGAGUCACACGCGGCAGAAGGUGCAGACCGGGCUGGUGACAGCAUGGGGGUUCAGGCUGGGCACAUUCCUUUUCCUGCGAAUCUUGAAGGACGGUCAUGACCGCAGGUUCAACAAUGUCAGAGACAGCCCUGGGACUUUCUUUGUUUACUGGACUGUUCAAGCUGUGUGGGUAUUUAUGACCCUCCUUCCCACCCUCAUGCUGAACACCGAGAAGCGAAAUGUGCCUCUGGGGUCCAGGGACUACAUCGGUUGGACCGUUUGGGGUAUUGGCUUCGCUGCCGAAGCUAUUGCGGAUCAGCAAAAGUGGCUUUUCAAGCGCGACCCAGAUAAUGCUGGGAAAUUCAUCCAGAGUGGACUGUGGGGCUACAGCAGACACCCCAACUACUUUGGGGAGAUCCUGCAGUGGUCGGGUCUUUGGCUCUCGGCCUCAUCCGUCAUGCAGGGGCCUCAGUACCUGAGUGUGGUGUCUCCGCUGUUCGUGUGGUUUUUACUGCGUUACGUCAGUGGCAUCCCCAUCCUGGAGAAACAGGCGAUGAAGAAAUGGGGAUCCCAGGCAGCCUUCCAGGACUACGUUAAAAACACUCCUCUUCUCUGGCCUUGGCCGAAGUUUUGAUACCGUUACAUUCGCUGUACCCAUCAACAGUGCAAAUUUUACUCUAAUAAAUCAGUGUCUUAAAGAUAUUCCGUCAUCUAUGCAGCCUUAAGUCAUGAAUUUUGUUGUAGAUAGGCCUGAAAAGUGGUUUCCAGGCAUCAAGAGGGGUAUUAUUGAUGUGACACUGAAGAGGCAUCAUUAACAGCAGUUAUCAUUCCUGUCUGUAUCUUCAGAAACCCCACUGGGGACAAAACAGAAGCCAGUUUGGGGAAAUAUUUAAUGAGCUAAUUACUCUGACGAGGGGAAACAAUCAGAAAAACCACAAACCAGUUAACAGCUGAACAAUCUGGCUUCAGAAAGCAAUAAAAAUCCAAAACCAAA